GAAUCUGAUGGGGGUUCUGUUGACGAUAAUCCUUUGAACGAUUCAAAUGAAUGUGGUAUGAACCCAAGCUCUUCAGAGGAUCAUAUGGACGACGAUCCAGCAAUGGACGAGGAUAGUGGCGAAGAAGUUUGGAAUGAUCUUGUUCUCAAAGAUUUAUUAAAAGAUAUAGAAAUCCCAACACCUCUGCCUGCCAAAGUAGACAAUAAACACAUAGUACACUCGAUUCUAUUUUGGCUGUUAUACUUUCUCCUGAUAUUGGCAAACAUCCUGUCACAUUAG